AUGGCCGAAGUCCAAGCACCGCCCUCCGACCUCCGCCCCGCCAAGUCCGUCGUCUACUGCGGCGUCUGCACCCUCCCACCAGAAUACUGUGAAUACGGCGGCACGACCAAGAAAUGCGAAGAAUGGCUCUCCACCCACCAUCCCUCCCUCCACACCGCCCUCUACUCCCCCGAAGCCCUCUCGCAAAACCUCUCCAUCCUCUCCGUCGAAGCGCAGAAACGCGCUGAAAAGGACGCCGCGAAGAAAGCCGCCAAAGCCUCUGCCACUGAAGCGAGAGAAGCGGAGAAACGUGCGCAGAGCAAGAUUAUCAUCAAGAGGGUAGAGAGGAAUAAGCGGAAGUACGUUACGGAAGUUUCGGGACUGGAGCACUUCGGCCUGGAUUUGAAGAAGAUUGCAAAGGAGUUUGGGAAGAAGUUCGCGACGGGGAGUAGUGUGACGAAGGCGCCGGCGGGUGGGGAGGAGAUCACGGUGCAGGGGGAUGUGAGUGAGGAUAUUCGGGAGUGGUUGGAGGAGAACUAUGAGCAGAUCCCGGAGGAUAAUGUGGAGUUGGUUGAGGCGAAGAAGAAGAAGGAUGCUACGGCUGGGUGA